CGCCUCUCGCUUCCUUCAAAAACCAUUCUCCAUCCCCUGCAUUCGCCCGCCAAACACGUGUGAUCGCCAUGGCGGAUGACGCCACGAGACCAGAAGGCACGGAGGAAAAUCGCGAUAAUGCGCGCGAAACAGAGGAGGUUCGAGCGCUGAAGUCGACGCUGCGAUUCCUCGUGUCCAACAGCGACGCAGGGUCCAUCAUCGGGAAAGGCGGCGUGGUGAUCUCGGAGUUCCAGACGCAGUCCGGCGCCAAGAUCGUGCUCUCUCGCGCGCGCGAGUACUUCCCAAACACCACGGACCGCAUCAUUCUGCUCAGCGGCAGCGUCAGCGCCAUCCUUACGGCUCUCCACCUCAUCCUCUCCAAACUCGCUGACGAGCCGCGGCGCAACGAGCCGGGCGCGCGGGAGGGCGACGUGGAUCUGCGAAUCGUGGUGCCCAACAGAGUAUGCGGCGCCAUCAUCGGCAAGGGCGGCGCCACCAUCCGGUCGUUCGUGGAGGAUUCCCAAGCGACCAUCAAGCUGUCGCCCCAGGAUGCGGCGGGGCCGGGGUUUGCGGAGCGGCUGAUCACGAUAGGCGGCACGCUGGAGCAGAAGCUGCGGGCGGUGGCACUGCUGCUCACCAAGAUGUCGGAGGACCCCACCUACGUGCAAUACGCCGACGUGCCUCUGUCCUACACGGGCGCGGGCGGCCGAGGCGGUUUCAACGGGGGUCCAGGCGGUUAUGGCGGUGGUGGGGGCUACGGUCAGGGUCAGGGCGGUUAUCCGGGUUACCCAAACACGGGGGGGUAUGGCGGACCUCCCUUCGGUGGCUUGCGGGGACCACCGCCCUACGGCAUGCCGGGGCUGCCACCAAACCGAGGAAAGGCGCCUCCCGCAAUGCUGCCAGGGGGUGUGGUGCCGACGACCAUCAUAGUGGCGGUGCCGGACGACCAUGUGGGCGCUGUGGUGGGCAAGGCGGGCCGCUCCAUCAAUGAGAUACAGCAGACCACGGGUGUGCGCAUGGUGAUAUCUGACAGAAACGAUUACGUUGAAGGAACCAGAGACAGGAAGGUGACAAUAACGGGGUCAUCGGAGGGCGUGGUGGCGGCGCAGCACAUGAUCGCGCAGAAGGUGCAGCAGAGCAUUGCCGCAGGCAGUGGGGACCGCCAUGGGGGAGGGCACAGGGACGAGAAGGACGAUGGGCCACCCCCCGGCCUAUAGCUACAGCUUACUGGUAGAAGUGAUUGCCUGAUGGCAGAGGAAUGGAGAAAAACGUGGCCUGUUUUUGGAGAUCAGCUUUGCCUCUUCUAGAAGGAUGGGGUUUGCAGUUGUAUGGUAAGCAGUUUCAGCAAACAAGUUAGUGGGGGAGGAUUAUAGAGGCGGGUACUAGGCUAGGUCGAAAGUACUGUCGAAAUUCCUGGUGGGUCCACCUGGUGGGUUGGCUGAGUACUGUCGAAAUUCCUUGCAUCAAAAAUAAACAUAGGUAGGGCAU